AGAGAGUUCCAGGAACAAGGCAGGCUUGUAAGAGAAUCAAAUGCUUCUUUCAUAACUCUAAUUCCGAAGGUAGAAAACCCCUAAAGGAUUGAAGAAUACAUGCCCAUUUCACUUAUCGGAGUUACGUAUAAGAUAAUUGCGAAGCUAUUAGCAAAUCGCCUCGAGAAAGUGCUGGACAAAGCUAUCGGGGAGCAGCAAAUGGCAUUUAUCGAAGGUAGACAGUUGGUUGAUGGUGUGGUUAUUGCUAAUGAAGUGAUUGAUGAGGCGAAGAGGAAAAAGAAGAGAAGCUUCCUUUUCAAGGUCGAUUUUGAAAAAGCAUACGAUAAGGUGUGUUGGGACUUCCUAGACUAUAUGCUGAUGAGGAUGGGCUUCUGCAAUACUUGGAGAAUGUGGAUACAUGAGUGUCUACAAUCCAGCACGGUCUCAAUUUUGGUCAACGGAAGCCCCUCUAGACAAUUCUCAGUUAGCAAGGGACUUUGCCAAGGAGACCCUUUAUCUCCCUUCCUAUUCCUGAUAGUAGCGGAAGGAUUGAAUGGUUUAAUGUCUUCUGCAGUUGAAAAAGAGUUAUAUAAGGGCGUGACAGUUGGCAACGAUGCGGUAAUGGUCACCCACCUUCAAUUCGCAGAUGACACCAUCUUUUUUGGGGAAGCAACAGAAAACAACAUCAUGCCCUUGUUGGAGUCUUUUAAAAAGAAGUUGACAAGUUGGAAGGGUCAGCAACUUUCUCUUGGGGGUCGAAUUACGCUCAUCAACUCUGUGUUGUCCAGUUUGCCUGUGUUGUCCAGUUUGCCUAUGUUCUUAAUGUCAGUAUACCUUCUUCCAAAAGGCACUCUCAAAGCUAUUGAUAAAAUUCAUAAAAGUUUCCUAUGGGGUGGGGAGGGAGAAAGGAAAAGAAUUAAUUGGGUCAAUUGGAAGAAGGUUUGCAUGCCGAAAGAGUGCGGAGGGUUGGGAGUGAGAGACCUAGGGUAUGUUAACUUGUCACUAAUGGGUAAAUGGUGGGGGAGGCUAGCAGUAAAGGAGGAUGGAUUAUGGAGGAAAGUGAUUGCAAGCAAAUAUGGUGAGGGAGGGGGGCACUGGAUGGAUUGGGUUAGGAAUGGUGUAGGGGCUUGUUCUUCUUGGUGGAGAGAUGUUAGAAGGAUUGAUAAUGUAGAAGGGGAAAUUACAGGGUGGUUAAUAGAAGGCUUUAGACUGAAGUUAGGAGAAGGGAAUGACGUAAGCUUCUGGUGGGAUGAGUGGAGUGGGGGGAUUUGUCUAGCAAACAGAUUCCUGAGAUUGUAUCUCUUAUCUGAGGGAAAGGAGAAAGAGUGCUGCCAAAUGGGAUCUAUGUGCAAUGGAACGUGGAAAUGGAAUCUUACAUGGAGAAGGAAGCUGUUCGAAAGGGAAGAAGAGGCAGCAACGGAACUCAGUACGGUGAUUGAGGGUGUGAAGAUUGCUCCUGGCCGACCCGAUGAAUGGGAGUGGAUUCACAGCAAGGAUUUCCGUUACUCAACCAAAACAGUGUACUCACUUUUAACAAAGGUGCCGAGGUGUCCGACUCAAGAAAGGGUCUUUAGGAGAAUAUGGAACCCCAACUUGCCAACCAAGAUCUUUGCUUUCAACUGGCAACUGCUGCUCAAUAGACUACCAACCAAAUCUAAUUUGCUAAAAAAAGGAUUUGGCGUAAUCAUGGGCGAUGGCAAUUGCAACCUGUGUCAAGAAGAGGAAGAAGACGCAACCCAUCUGUUUCUGAAAUGCAAAAAUGUAAGAUGGAUAUGGAAGGAGUGUGAUAGGUGGUGGGGGAUCAAUAUAGAGACACAAGAGGACUGCUGGAAGACAUUUGAACAUCCUGGGGUGUGGACCAGAAACACGAGGAUCAGAAAAGGAUGUGAUUGUACCUGGAGUGCAAUAGUAUGGUCCAUAUCACUGAUGCGGAAUCAAAGGAUCUUCCAGAACCAAGAGAUGGACCCGGAUUGGAUAAGCAAUCCUAUUGCAUGCCUCACUGAGAAUUGUGGUGGUGGAUUAAUUCUCGUCACGGGUAUUGUGUCGAUACUUUGAGAGGGUGUCGACACCUUGCUAUAUCACUCAUGUAAAAGUAGGCUUCUCAAACAGUUUUGUUAAGGGUUUUGGGUACCCCUUGUACUCUGUUUAUUAAUAUAUAUAUCCUUUUCUG